AUGUUGCGCUCCUCGAUUGCUCCGGGUCGGCAAUUGCUGUCGAACCCCAUCCGCCAACGGAUCCCCUCACAAUGGCUCUCCAAAGCCGGUGCAAGCAGCCGGCUCGCAGGCCAGCGCUUCUUCGCCGACUCUAAGCCCCCUACUACAGGUGGCCCUACCCCGGUCUCUCCAUCUUCUGAGUCCAGUGUGCCUCCCGAGACCGUCUUGAAGGCUGCUGAACAAGAAUCCAAGCUUCCUCCCUCACCCCCUCCUCGCAAGACCGGUCGUUUCCGCCGCUUCUUGAUUUACCUGAUUCUCACCUCAGGCUUUGCCUACGGUGGCAGUAUCUUCUUGGCUAUGAAGUCCGAUAACUUCCACGACUUUUUCACCGAGUAUAUUCCCUACGGCGAGCAGAGCGUUCUCUACUUCGAAGAGCGCGACUUCCACCGUCGUUUCCCCAAUGCCCUGAGACACCAGAACCGCAUCCCCGCCGCACCGAGAGAGGAGGGCGCGCCUGUCACUAUCCCCAGCAAGAGCGGUCUGUCUUGGAAGGUUGCCGGUGAAGAAAAGGACGACAGUGAGUCAGCCAACAAGGCCCAUAUCGAUCAUCGUGCGCAUGAUGCUUCAUUGCAGCCCGCGGCUGCCAAGCCCGAGGACCGCACCGCUGCGGUCAGCAAGGCUAAGGAAGACAAGUCAGCCAAGACUGGUGAGAAGGAAUCCAGCGCCAAGUCCGAGGAGAAGAAGCCGGUUUCAUUGGAGGAGCCCAGACAGCCCGCGGUUGCUGCCAGCACUAUUGAGUUGCUCCAGUUGCAGGACGGCGAUGACUCUGUUGUUCAGGAUCUUGUCAAGACCUUCAACGACAUUGUCACUGUCAUCAGCGCCGAUGAGAACUCCAGCAAGUACUCCGCACCUGUUGCCAAGGCCAAGGGCGAGUUGGAGAAGAUCGGUGAGAAGAUUGCUGCUAUUCGCAGUGAUGUUCGCACCGCUGCCCAGGAGGAGAUCAACAAGGUCCACGCCACCUUCGAUGAGUCCGCACGCGAGCUGAUCCGCCAGUUCGAGGAAGUGCGCAGCACUGACCUUGCCUCAUUCCGCGAGGAGUUCGAGUCCGAGCGCGAGAAGCUCGCUCUCGCAUACCAGCAGAAGGUCACCUCCGAGCUCCGCUACGCCCAAGAGCUCGCUGAGCAGCGUCUCCAGAACGAGCUCGUUGAGCAGGCCAUCGAGCUGAACCGAAAGUACAUCCACGAGGUCCAGGGUCUCGUUGAGCGUGAGCGCGAGGGUCGCUUGAGCAAGCUCACCGAGCUCACUACCGAUAUCAAGGAGCUUGAGAAGUUGACCGCUGGAUGGAGUGAUGUUAUUGACACUAACCUCAAGACCCAGCAACUGCAGGUUGCCCUUGACGCCGUCCGCACCGUUGUCGAGCGUGCCGAGACUCCUCGUCCCUUCGUCCGCGAGCUUGUUGCCGUGAAGGAGCUUGCCGCCGGUGACUCCGUCGUCGAGGCUGCUAUUGCCUCCAUCAACCCCACCGCCUACCAGCGUGGUAUCCCCUCCACCCCUCAGAUCAUCGAGCGUUUCCGCCGGGUUGCAAGCGAAGUCCGCAAGGCUAGCUUGCUCCCUGAAGAUGCCGGUGUGGCCAGCCACGCCGCCAGCCUUGUCUUGAGCAAGGUCAUGUUCAAGAAGGAUGCUCUCUCCGAGGGCGAUGACGUCGAGAGCGUUCUCGUCCGCACUGAGAGCCUCUUGCACCAGGGUGACGUUGAUGCCGCUGCUCGUGAGAUGAACACUCUCCAGGGAUGGGCCAAGAUUCUCAGCAAGGACUGGCUUGGUGAUGUCCGUCGGGUUCUUGAAGUCAAGCAGGCUCUCGAGGUCAUCGAGGCGGAGGCCCGUCUCCAGUGCUUGCGUGUUGAGUAA